AUGGUUGUCAAUGAAGAUGGUUGUGGAGGUGACAAUGAUGGUGAAGAUUGUGUGGUGUCGAUGAAGUAUGAUAAUAGGAAGACUCUGCAACCACUUUUUCCAACAUGGACCGGUAAUUGUGCUGAACCAAAGGAGCUUGCAAGUUCUGAUCAAUUGCCUCAAAACUACUCUGGUGUAUAUUUGUCACAUAAUGGUGCUUUGAGUAGUAGUCGGGAAAACAUGACCACUACGGUUGGCAGCCAAUCUAGACAGAGUAAAGCAGCAUUUCCAGGCUCUCAACUUAGUUUCAUUCCUACCACUCGGGAAAGGUUUGAUAGUUUGUGUGCCUACCAUGGUCACAUGUUUCCGCCCAUACUUCAUACUCAUUCAGUGUUUCCCCCAGUGUGGAGUCCCAAAUCAGCUGGCCAGCUGGCCCCUUUGCUGAUGAGUGACUCACUUCAUUCUGUUUCUGAUAUUAACAACUCAAUACAAGGUAAUCACACUUUUGAUGAAACUAUCAACCACUCUGCCGGCCAGACUGUGCAAGAGGAAGAUAUCAAUGUGGAGCCGGCAGAAGUAUUGACCCCUGGUCUGAUUGGUGACAGUGGCUUCUUUGAUGGUGUCAGCAGUAACCUUACCAACGGUGUGUGUGAAAACAUAUGCGAUACAGUUGAUGGCAAUGCCACUCCAGUUGCAUCAGUUUCUAGAGGCAUUAUUUCUGAGGCUGCUGUGAAUGACAGCCAUCUCAUUGUUCAGGAUGAGCUGAAAAGAGUGGAUUCUCUCUGCUCCACUCAAAGGGAAGCAGCUCUAUUAAAAUUCCGUUUGAAACGAAAAGAUCGAUGCUAUGAGAAGAAGGUUCAAUAUCAAAGCAGGAAAAGACUUGCUGAGCGGCGGACUCGUGUGAAAGGACAGUUUGUGCGUCUGGUGCAAAUUGGAUCUUCUCCCACUGAUUUUGAUGGCGGCCCGUGAGACUUGCCAAGGCUCUUUUGCUUCAUCCCUUCUAUGGAAUGCUGCAAAAGUUUGUUUUCCUAAUGACUUGGUAGCAUUUGUAGGAAGAAAAUGUGACUGUUUGGUGUUCAGGUUGUUUGUGUGUUUUUGUAUAAUGAGAGCUAAUAUAUAGGAGCGUGUAAUGUAAUGAGACAAUGAAAGGGAAACGCAUGCAAGUUUAUCUGACGUAGCUGAGGUUUCAACUUGAUAUUUUUCA